GAGCGUGAAAAGGGUUCAAGAGUCAGUUUUCAAAAAGAAACGAAGUGGCUUAGAAAUUUUUUUUUUUUUUUUUUUUCACCCUAAUGAUUUAGAAUUUUAGUAAAAAGUCAUGCAUGGUAGUUCUUGGACCGUUGGUAUGUACAUGUGGCUUUAUUACAACCACAAUUGCAUCAUUAUCAUCAUCAAUAACCACCACAUAAUCUCUUCAAUUCACAAAAUUCAUCAGUUUCCGCCAUGGAAGCUCUCAGAGCUCCCUCCCCUGUUUCCCCAGCUUCACUCAUCAGACCCCAAGCAUUCAAACCCCUUUCCACUCUCUCCUUCACUCUAAGCAAACCAAAUAGUUUAACCCAAUUCAAUAAACCCAAAUUCAAAACCUUUACUGCCGUUUCUUCCUCUGUUUCAACCGAACCCACUUCCCCACCCGAUCAAGAAACCGAAACCCCUGAUCAAGAUGAGAAAUUCGACUGGUACUCACAGUGGUAUGCGAUCAUGCCAGUGUGUGAUCUGGACAAGAGGGCCCCACAUGGGAAGAAGGUGAUGGGUCUGGAUGUUGUGGUGUGGUGGGAUAAGAAUGAGAAUGCAUGGAAGGUGUUCGACGAUAUGUGUCCUCACAGAUUGGCCCCACUUUCUGAAGGAAGGAUUGAUCAGUGGGGCAGGUUGCAGUGUGUGUAUCAUGGCUGGUGCUUUAGUGGCUCUGGUGACUGUAAAUUGAUCCCUCAAGCUCCCCCUGAUGGUCCUCCGGUUCAUACAUUCAAGAAGGCGUGUGUUGCUGUCUAUCCCAGCACCGUGCAAAACGGAAUUGUUUGGUUUUGGCCCAGCACUGACCCACAAUACAAAGAUAUCCUCACAAAAAAGAAACCUCCAUACAUCCCUGAACUCGACGACCCUUCAUUUACCCACACAAUGUAUAACCGAGACAUCCCAUACGGGUAUGAAAUCUUGAUCGAAAAUCUCAUGGAUCCCGCUCAUGUGCCCUAUGCACAUUAUGGAAUAAUGUGGACACCACAGCCCAGUGUUAAGCGUGAUCGCGAAGGAGGUAGACCUCUUGAAAUGAACGUAACAAAGAUAGACAAAAAUGGUUAUACUGCACAACAGCAAAACGGUAAAUGGAAUUUUCUACCUCCUUGUGUGUUAUACGGUAGUAUAACGUUUGGCGGGAAUCCGAAUGAAUCAGAUGGAACCGCAAAGGGGAAAUUAGCACAAAAACCACCUCGACAGGCGCUUUUGAUCUUUAUAUGUAUGCCAGUGAGCCCGGGUAAUAGCAGAUUGAUAUUUGCUUCACCGAGAAACUUUGCUGUUUGGAUGGAUCGAAUUAUCCCCAGAUGGGUGUACCAUAUUAACCAGAAUUUGAUUAUCGAUUCAGAUUUGUAUCUUCUUCACGUUGAGGUCGAACCUGACACGGACCAGAAAAUUGUGUCGGACAUAUGAACCCGAACACGUCAGGAGUUUUCGAGAAGAAAGUGUUGGAAGCCGAUCCGAACGAUUGGCAAAAAAUAUGCUUUGUGCCAACUAAAUCCGAUGCCCUUGUGGUUGGAUUUAGAAAGUGGAUAAAGAAAUAUUCAAACGGUCAACUCAAUUGGGGAAACAACUUCGAUCGGUCUCUUCCACCGAGCCCGCCACGUGAACAACUCCUGGACCGGUACUGGAGCCAUGUGGUGAACUGCAGCAGCUGCAAUGCGGCAUACAAAAGUCUAAAUGCACUUCAGGUGGCUCUACAGGUGUUUUCGGUUGCUUCUGUGGCUAUUGUGGCUGCAACCAAACAAGGUUUGAUAUCAGUUGUGGCAAGAAAUACACUUGUCGUUGCUGCAGUCUUGUGUUUUGUGGGAUCGAAAUGGUUGUCUCAUUUCAUAUACAAAAACUUUCGUUACCAUGACUAUAAUCACGCUUUUGUGUUUCACUGAUAAAUCUUUUCAAACUCGUGUUUGUUGUAAUGUAUUGUGCUAAUGGUGGUAUGUAGCUAUUGUAAAAGGCAUAAUACAUUGAUGUAAAGAUGUUAAAUUAUACACAUAUUUGAUUUUAUUCAAA